UGGCAUCUGCGCACUGCCGUGAUUUUGACCAUCAUAUAGUGAGUGUCUGUCUGGCUGUGGUCGUCAUGGCGGCUGAACUGUCUACCUCCAUCAACAUCAGAGAGCCUCGCUGGGACCAGGGCACCUUCGUAUGGCCGCGCCAACACUUUUCACCGUCACAGACCCUCGCAAACAUCCUGCUGUCCAACGAGCAGCUAGAGACAGCACACAGGAUUAUUCAGGAUUACAGACAGGGUGUGGUGGCCCCUGGCCUGACAGAAGAUGAACUCUGGAGGGCGAAGUAUAUUUUCGACUCUGCGUUUCAUCCUGACACGGGUGAGAAGAUGCUGGUAAUCGGGCGCAUGUCUGCUCAGGUCCCCAUGAACAUGACCAUCACCGGUUGCAUGAUGACCUUCUACAGGACGACCCCAGCUGUGUUAUUCUGGCAGUGGAUCAACCAGUCCUUUAACGCAAUAGUCAAUUACACCAACCGCAGUGGGGACGCCCCCAUUACAGUAAAUCAGCUGGGCACUGCAUACGUGUCGGCCACGACCGGAGCUGUGGUCACAGCAUUAGGCCUCAACGCUCUAGCCAAGCAUGUCUCGCCGCUGCUGGGACGAUUUGUGCCGUUUGCUGCUGUAGCUGCUGCCAACUGUAUCAACAUUCCACUGAUGAGACAAAGGGAGCUAAAGUAUGGUAUUCCAGUAAUGGAUGAGAAUGAUCUCCGAUUAGGAGAGUCUUCCAAGGCAGCUCAGCAAGCCAUCUCACAAGUGGUGAUCUCCAGAAUCCUGAUGGCCUCUCCGGGAAUGGCAAUUCCUCCAUUUCUUAUGAACUCGCUGGAGAAGAAAGCCUUCCUUAAGAGGUUCCCAUGGAUGAGUGCACCCAUUCAAGUCAGCUUGGUGGGAUUUUGUCUGGUGUUUGCCACACCACUGUGCUGUGCUCUGUUCCCCCAGAAGAGCUCCAUGGCACUGACUCGUCUGGAGCCAGAACUUCAGGAGAAGAUCCGGGCGAACCACCCCGGCGUGGAGCGGGUUUACUUUAACAAAGGACUGUGAAAGGAAGGCCGAUGCCCAGGGCGCUGCCAUAGCAACCACCCUCACCAUGACCCUCCAGCGCCAUCGUCCCUGUGCCAAAGCUAAGUUCCUCUGUCUCAUCUUGAGGACGUCCCCACUCAGUUGGUUUUGUAUUCUUAGUAACUGUUGGGUUUUUAAUAAAAUAUUGCAGGUCUCUGCUAGUAUUAGAAAUGUUUAAAGGUGCUCGUUCAUUGAUUCUCCAAUGUAGAACUUUAUGUGAUUUAUUAAACACAGUGCAGUGCAAGUUUUUGGACAGUCACUGUUUUUGUUGCUUUGACUAUGUAUAAAUAUGAGUUUGAGAGGAAACAAGCUCUGCGGAUCAAGUUUGAAUUCAAAAGUUGAGUCACGUUGCUUUUAUAUUUUAAGGUUGGUGUCGUCUUUAAGUAAUUAAACAAUUGAACAUGGUCUUAAAUAUUCCAUCAGGGUUAGUCUUUGGAUGCCCUGCACUGUCACUUUGGUAGCAGACGAGAGCAUCUGGUCUGCCAUUCAGAGUCAUGCUGAGCCAAGAGCAAAGACUGCAGGGAACAGCCUUGUGAUUUCUGUUACUGUGUUUUACAGGACGCCUGUAAUCCGUGAUCAGUCUUAGUGCGCACAUGAAGGCUGCUUAUGACAGAAAACUGCCAAAUAUUCAACUUCAUUUUAAAGGUACACUAAGUAGGAUUUUCUGGUCAUCUUGGCAAUAUGUUAAGAAAAGUUAAAUAUUUGGAGGGAAUUGGUACGUAGUAAAAUCAUGUGAUGAUUGACUUCUUAUUGAAAUACAGUCGAUUGAAAGGUAACUGAAGGUGUGUAGAUUUUAAUGUCUGUUUAAGAUUAAAGAUUAAAAUUAAGAUUUUAAAGACUAUAAAUCAGAGACUUGGAAAGAACAGUGAAAUUUAAAACAGUAAAAGGUUAUUUUUAUGGAAUGUAAACAGAUGUAAACUAAAUAAACAAAUGUGGAGAUUUUUGUGAAGAAGAUUUAUCCUCUUGCCACACUGAAAUCUUUGAAACAAAACCCCACAUUGUGUGUUCAUUGUAUUUUAAUUCCUCUCAUUAUAUACCGUUUGUGUUCAGAAAAAGAUUAAAUUGCAUUUUAGAUUCCCAAACCUUUAGCUGGUGCAGUAGUCUGUGUUGAAAAGGCUCAUGUCUAUCAUUAAUGAACAAAUACCUUCCUCUUGAGCAACACAAAGAAGUCAUAUCUUCAUACAUGUAGGAAAUGUUAAUGAUUUACUGCCAUAUGGCGAGACUAAUCCUUAGUGUACCUUUAAUCACACAUCACAUGACCUCUACACAAGAACAGUGCAAUUGAUUUUCAAUGCUGCCAAAUUAAUUUAUUUCUUUAUUACAAAACAACAUUUUAUGGUGCACAUAAGCUGUACCAGAUUGAAGGGAGGUCGGAAGAGUAUAUUGUGACUAAUUGUCCCUAGUAUUUUAAUGACUAAAUCUUUAAAUAUGUACAUAUUAUUUUGCUUGUCAACUGUGCAUGAACAAAGUGCUUAGUUAGUGGAAGAGAAGAACCUUAAGGGCAGUUUCCCAAUGUCCCCGUUAAGUGUGACAAAGUCCAUUCAACUAGCAAAGUAAGUGAACAUCACUGGUAGCACACUGCUCUGUCUAACCAGGGGUACGCAGAGGCCUCCAUACAAUGAUUUUGUUUGUUUGUUUGCUUGUUUGUUUUUUUAAUGAAAUCCCCUAAUACUGUUCAGGGGCUUCAGUUCACCAUUUCUCUUUUCUGAUGUGUUAUAUUACGAAACCCAUAAUGAAUUAAGACUUGUAUUAGUUUAGUCUACGAUAAAGGGCCUCAGCUGAUAGUCCAAUCAGAAGUGUUUGUCAUCUGCUGAUAGUCCAAUCAGAUGUGAUUUAACUCCCCCCUCAGAUGGAUAAAGGUGUGUUUUCACCCUGGACCUUGACACAAAACAUUCAGCCUGGGUAAUCAGUCCAUGAAGCUUCGAUGCAAAUGUGAACUGAAAAGAGCCAUUUAGUUGCUGUAACCAAGUGAUAAAUUAAAUCUUACAGAACACACAGGAUUUUUGCAUGUUUUAAUGUUGCUUUGAAUAAAUGCAGUGUGUUUUUGUUUGUUCUUUAACUUUAGGCUUUGUGAUCAAUUUUCAAAGACAGUGUUUUACAGAACAAACAGCACAUAGUUAGAUGUGGUUCAACAACCUAUUAAAAUUACACAUCAGCAUAACGGUCUGUGCCCAGAGACAUGCAAAAACAUUCCUGAGAAAUUGCUGUAACUGCAGUUGACAUUGGUCUGAUUUUAGAGGAUAUUUUCAGAAUGGUACUGUUAUUUUUUACAUUUAAUGGGAAUGUUGUAAAGUGUAGUUUCCUGGAAGAA